AUGACAGAAAAUGAAGAAAACGAGGAAAGCAACGCUAACAAUGAUACUGGAUAUUAUACACCGAAAAAUAUAUUGAAUCCAGCAAUGUUCAGGUUUGUAAUUAUCAAAAUCGACCCUCCCAAUCAAUUUUAAUUUUUCAGACUUGCGGAAAUUACACGAGCUCUAAGUGAAGUAAAUAUGGAAGUAGAACAAGAAAAAUAUAUGGAAGAAAAUGAAAUGAAAAGGCACACAAUUAUAAAUACUUUCGAGAUACAACAAGAACCGGAAACAAAAUUGGAAUUCAGAUUGGAAAUUGAACCACUCAAUAAAGCUGAAAGUAUACUGGAGAUGGAAAAUUGUCCGACGAGGAAGAGCUGGUUCGAAAGAAACAAAGACGAAGUCGGAAACAUUUUAAUUUUUGUGUUAUCACUUUCGAUAGGCUUGUUCCUGAUUCUCUUAUGCUUUUCGUGGCCAGAAUAG